CAACAAACAACACCAAUCCCUAAACAUGACAGAUUAUGCUGCUUUUGGCGGUAGAGAAGAUAGCUUAGCACCUUCUAUAGCACCAGAAGAACCACAGCUAAUCGUUCCACCAGCACUUCGGAGAACGAUAAUACGUGUUUUCAACAAACAAUAUGGAUUAACACUUCAUGCUAGUGCAGUCGCAUUCAUCCAUUCGACAUUGGAAUCACAUGGAUUAUUGCAAGAUCCUACACAAUGGAAUGAAGCAAUUCAAUGGCUUGCAAAAGGACCGUCAAUCGUAACAAGGGCAGCACUAGAAAAAGUAUAUCAACAACUUUUACUAGAAGAUACAGCACAAGAAGUACAAGGUGGUGAAACGCAAAAUGGUCAUUCGGAUGCGAUUGAUCCAGAUAAAUACUUUCAUCCUUUAGACGUUUUCAAAAUGCCAAAGAUCGUCUUUGAUGAACGAAGAAAGAUGUUUGAAAAGUUACCCGAAAGCAAGAAACCAAGCAUUUUAGCACCUCCUCAAGCCAAACCUGGAUAUCUUGCUGAACGAUUACAAAUUAUUCGAAAUAUUAUCAUGCGGAACGAAAACUUCUUACCGCCUUUGGCUUCUGGAUCAGCAAGAGAUCGAGAUGCGUUUAUGAAAUUGACAUCCACCGCAAACUUGCUCGGACGACAAGGUCAGCGAUUCUUGUUGUUUGGCAUGCUAUGUACUUCUUCUGAUGGUCGAUAUGCACUAGAAGAUACAGAUGGUAUGGUCGGAUUAGAUUUGGACGAUGCUUUACCGGGAGAAGGAAUCUUUACAGAAGGUUCAAUGAUUUUGGUAGAAGGAGAAUAUACAGCUGAAGAAAGAAUACGUGCUUUCGCAAUCGGACACCCACCAAGUGAAUCUCGUGAAACGGCAAAAAUGCUUUGUAGUGGAGUGGAUUUUAAUGGUUUGGGAAGCGUUACUACUCAAGAAGAAAAAGCUUUACGAAUUCAUGAACAAAAUCAUGCUUCGCUUUCGUUUGUCUUUAUUUCGGAAUUACAUUUGGACGAUGAAAAGACUUUGCAGAACUUUGGUGCAAUGUUGCAAGGCUAUGUCGAUGCAGAUUUCUUGCCAUUUUGUUUUGUAUUGUGUGGAAGCUUUGUUUCCAAUCAACGCAGUGCAACGAGUAUCAUUGAACGAUAUCAAGAUGCUUUUGUCGCUUUGGGUGAUCUGUUGGUAAAGUUUCCAUCGAUCAUGAACAGAUCUCAUUUUGUGUUCGUUCCAUCGCAUGAAGAUCCAUUCGGAACGACAACGCUACCCCGCAAACCAUUACCAAAGAUCAUAACGGAAAAGUUCAUCCAACGUAUCAUCAGAGCGAAUCAUGGAAAUGUCUCAUCAGCCCGAAGAAUUCACUUUGUCAGUAAUCCAUCUCGUUUGGUGUACUUUGGUCAAGAGAUUGUCGUUUUCAGAGAUGAUCUUUUACAGCGUUUAUUGGGACAUACUGUUCGCCUCAAAGGUGAUGAAAGUGUGACCGCAGCCAGAGAUGACGCUACUGCAGCAGCAAAUGUUGUCGAUCUCAAGAAAUUCCUCGUUUCGACCGUUCUUGAUCAAGCUCAUCUUUGUCCUUUGCCAGGCUGGGCAAGGCCGAUUUUGUGGGAGUACGAUCAUACUUUACGCUUAUAUCCAAUGCCAUCUGCUUUGGUACUCGCAGACAAGUUUCAACGAUAUGAGCUAACGUAUGAGGGAUGUCACGUUUUCAAUCCAAGUUCGUUCAGGGAAGGAAAUUUUUGUUGGACGACAUAUUACCCCGCAAACGGCAAAGCAGAAAGAUCUGAAAUACCAUAUAAUUGA